UCAACUUCAUCAUCAUCUCUAACUACAAUAGCAUCAAAUAAUUCAACUAAUAACAGGAUUACUGCAAGGGAGACAUCAGGGCUCAACUGUACCACCUGCACUAAUAAUAAUAUAAACACUUCAAGUUUAACAGCUAUAAGGGAGUCAAUAUCAUUUAUAAGUGAAGAGAUAGAUAAACUGAUGCAAAAUAAAAAUAUGUCAAUCAGUGUUGCAUUGAAACAGCUCAGUGAUUAUAUGUAUCAGAUUAAAAUUAUUAAUGAAUCAUUACAAACAUUGAUACCUGAGUCUAAUAAACCAAGAAUACCUACACUAACUGGAUUAAACCUAACAUCAUCAAUAACUAUCAAUCAUAAUGACUGUGUUGUUAGCACUUCAACAUGUAUUCUCACUUUAUCUCCUUUUCUUGAUCUCAUCCAAACCUGUCAGCUAACAGCAAUACAAUAUGCUAAUACAACUCAUAUAAUAGUAUCAUCAUUUGGUAGUGCUACCCCAAUCGGUACAGGACAGUUUAAUAGUACUACCAUUACACAACUGGUUCAAGCAAGUAUUGAUGAGAUGUAUUUUUCUAAUGAUACAAUUAUUGAAAGGUUAAGAAAGUCAUCAAUAAUUCCUCUUUGUUUCAGUUAUAACUUUGUCCCUGUGAGGUGUGAAUUUUAUUAUACUUAUUGUACCUAUCAAAGUAACUUUCCUAACUCCAUUCUCUCGAUACAUUAAUCUUUGCUUGAUUAAUUACAUCAUAAUACC